AUGCUCUCCUACAUCCUGCUACUCUGUGUAGCGUUGGUAAACGCCUACUCAGACCCGGGUACCUGCUCGGGAUCAUGCUGGGCCCAUGACCCCAACGUGAUCCAACGCAAGUCGGACGGCAGCUUUUUCCGUUUCUCGACGGGAGGAGGCAUCCACAUCUCGUCCGCCAGUACGAUCGAGGGUCCCUGGACCGACCUGGGGUAUGCCUUGCCCGGUGGCUCGAUUGUUACCGUGGGGGAUGCCUCCAAUCUCUGGGCCCCGGAUGUGCACUACGUCGACGGCACCUACUACAUGUACUAUGCCAGCUCCGCGCUCGGCAGCCGCAACUCGACCAUUGGAGUGGCCAGCUCCACCACCCUGGAGGUCGGGUCGUGGACCGACCACGGCGAGAUCGGCGUCACAUCCAGCACCUCCGACGACUACAACGCCAUUGACCCCAACUGGAUCACCAUCGGCGAUGCCUCCUACCUGCAGUUCGGCUCCUACUGGCAGGGGAUCUUCCAGGUCGAGAUGACCGACUCCCUGACCAGCAGCGGCGAUAGCUACACCAACCUGGCCUACAAUGCCUCGGGCAACCACGACAUCGAGGCCGCCUUCAUGUUCGAGUAUGAGGACUACUACUACCUCACUUAUUCCUCCGGAACCGCCCAAGGAUACACCACCUCCCUUCCUGCUCAGGGUGACGAGUACCGUAUUGUGGUCUGCAGAUCCACGACCGGAACGGGCGACUUUGUCGACCAAGACGGCACCGCGUGCACCAACAGCGGCGGAACCACCGUUCUAGCCAGCCACGACUACGUCUACGGACCCGGCGGACAGGGCAUCCUGGACCACCCCGUCUACGGCCUGAUCGUCUACUACCACUACGCCGACAAGGACAUCGGUCUGGCCGUCGACCAGUACCAAUUCGGCUGGAACAAUCUGACUUGGACUGAUGGCUGGCCUGUCGUGGCGUAG